GGAACGGGGUCUCCCUGAGAGGGUCAUUUGGUGACCGGAGAGGGGAAGGCUUGCAGGAGGGCUGCCGAGAAGCCUGUUAGUGCUUGGGAAAUAGUGGGCAGGACCCUGAGCAGAGCUGGUGGUUUGGGAAAAGGCAGUUUUCUCUCACGUGUGAAGAGCGUGGGGUUUGCCUUUAGGGCCUACGCCUCCAGUCAGGCCCCUGGCUGGUCCCCUUGCCCGACAGACCUGAGGGGAAGGUAGGCCCGGCCCUGUGGAACCUCACUUUUUCGGGUAAUCAACCAGAAUAGAUUCAACACUUGGUCUUCUACAGAUUUUCGAUGGAUCCUAUCCGCCCAUCAUUCAGGGCCCCUGCUCCUGCCCACCCAUCUCAGUUUGUACGGAUGCCAGGCUGUUGGCCACAAGCUCCUAGACCUUUGAAUUUAUCUCUGGGAAGGGCAGGACCUACAGCCAGAGGCCAUAUGUUUGGAAAGCCAGAGGUACCUGGCACACAGAAUCGGUCAGCACAAAGGGAGUGUGUUGGUUUGGUGUCCAUGUUCCGAGGUAUGGGUCUUGAGACGGUGUCCCAGGCUCCUCUGAAACGAGAAAUGCCUUCUUUAGGUAGAGGCAUUUUAGGUCGAGGCUUAUCGGCUAACAUGGUUCACAAGGAGAAAGAAGAACACCAUCCUGCUUUUCCUGAUCCUCUGGUAUUGGCAGCUGGGGAUAGCAAGCUAGCAGAGGCCUCUGUUGGUUGGAAUAAAGUUCUUGGAAGAGGGAGUUCAGAUGCCUCUUCAUUACCUCUGGGAAGAAUAGCUGGUGGCAUAGGCAGAGGAGUAGACAAAUCUCUCUGGGCACCUGGCCUACCUGCCUGGGACCUCCAGCAGCUGUCAGCACCAACGCCUCUGCCCGGGUCCUUGCUGAACUCUCCAGAUCAACCCCCUGGCCCAACUGUGGAACACACGGAGAAAGAGUGUUUUGUGAAGCAAGGAUCAAAAGGAACACCUCAAUCUUUGGGACUGAAUCUCAUCAAAAUACAGUGUCAUAAUGAAGCAGUUUAUCAAUAUCAUGUUACUUUCAGCCCCAAUGUAGAAUGCAAAAGCAUGAGGUUUGGCAUGUUAAGGGACCAUCAAGCUGUCACUGGAAAUGUCACUGCUUUUGAUGGAUCUAUUCUCUAUCUGCCUAUUAAGCUUCAACAAGUUCUUGAGUUAAAAAGUCAAAGGAAAACUGAUAAUGCUGAGAUCAUCAUUAAGAUUCAGUUGACAAAGAUCCUGGAGCCUUGUUCUGACUUGUGCAUUCCUUUCUACAAUGUUGUUUUCCGAAGGGUAAUGAAACUUUUAGAUAUGAAGCCUGUGGGAAGAAACUUCUAUGAUCCUACAAGUGCUAUGGUAUUACAGCAGCAUAGGUUGCAGAUCUGGCCUGGCUAUGCAGGUAGCAUCCGGAGGACAGAUGGAGGUCUUUUUUUGCUAGCUGAUGUCUCCCAUAAGGUCAUUCGGAAUGAUUCUGUGCUGGAUUUCAUGCAUGCCCUGUACCAGCAGAACAAAGAUAACUUCCAAGAUGAGUGCAGUAAGCUUCUGGUUGGCAACAUUGUUAUUACCCGAUACAAUAAUCGGACCUAUCGGAUUGAUGAUGUGGAUUGGAAUAAGACUCCAAAGGACAGCUUCACAAUGUCUGAUGGAAAGGAGAUCACAUUCCUGGAAUACUACAGGAAAAACUAUGGGAUCACAGUUAAGGAAGAGGACCAGCCACUGCUGAUCCACAGGCCCAGUGAGAGACAGAAUAAAUAUGGAACGCUGCUAAAAGGCGAAAUCUUGCUUUUGCCUGAGCUUUCCUUCAUGACUGGGAUUCCGGAGAAGAUGAAGAAGGACUUUAGAGCCAUGAAGGAUUUGACCCAGCAGAUCAACCUGAGCCCCAAACAGCACCAUAAUGCUUUGGAGUGCUUGAUCCAGAGAAUUUCAAAGAACGAGACAGCCAACAAUGAACUGAUGCGUUGGGGGCUCUGUCUGCAGAAGGACAUACACAGGAUCGAAGGACGCGUUCUACCAAUGGAAAGAAUUAAUUUAAAAAAUACUUCAUUUAUCACAUCUCAGGAGCUAAGCUUUGUAAAGGAAGUAACGAGAGAACCUUCUAUCUUGACUAUCCCCAUGCACUUCUGGGCACUAUUUUAUCCAAAGAAAGCAAUGGAUCAGGCCCGAGAACUGGUCAACAUGUUAGAGAAAAUAGCUGGCCCCAUUGGCAUGCGCAUGAGUCCACCAGCCUGGGUUGAACUGAAGGAUGACCGAAUAGAGACCUAUAUCAGAACCAUUCAAUCCAUGCUUGGAGUUGAGGGGAAGAUACAGGUGGUUGUUUGCAUCAUCACAGGCACACGUGAUGAUCUCUAUGGGGCCAUCAAGAAGCUGUGUUGUGUGCAAUCCCCAGUGCCCUCACAGGUCAUCAAUGUUCGAACCAUUGGUCAGCCCGCCAGGCUUCGGAGUGUGGCUCAGAAAAUUUUGCUUCAAAUUAACUGUAAAUUGGGAGGGGAGCUCUGGGGAGUAGAUAUUCCUCUGAAACAGUUAAUGGUGAUUGGGAUGGAUGUUUACCAUGACCCCAGCAGAGGCAUGCGUUCUGUGGUUGGCUUUGUUGCAAGCAUCAAUCUGACCCUCACUAAAUGGUAUUCACGAGUGGUGUUCCAGAUGCCUCAUCAGGAGAUUGUGGAUAGCCUAAAGAUGUGUCUGGUGAGCGCCUUGAAAAAGUUUUAUGAGGUGAAUCACUGUCUACCAGAGAAGAUCGUGGUGUACCGUGAUGGAGUGUCUGAUGGCCAACUAAAGACAGUUGCCAAAUAUGAAAUUCCUCAGCUACAGGAGUGUUUUGAAUCUUUUGAGAAUUACCAGCCCAAGAUGACGGUGUUUGUAGUUCAGAAGAAAAUAAGCACCAAUCUAUACCUGGCUGCCCCUGAGCACUUUAUGACUCCCUUGCCCGGGACUGUGGUAGAUCAUACUAUAACAAGCUGUGAGUGGGUGGAUUUCUACCUUCUUGCCCAUCAUGUACGGCAAGGCUGUGGCAUCCCUACACACUACAUCUGUGUUUUCAACACCGCAAACCUGAGCCCUGAUCACAUGCAGAGGUUGACUUUCAAACUGUGCCACCUGUACUGGAACUGGCCUGGUACCAUCCGAGUCCCAGCCCCUUGCAAGUAUGCCCACAAGCUUGCUUUCCUGUCAGGACAGAUCUUGCAUCAUGAGCCAUCCAUCCAGCUGUGUGAGAACUUGUUCUUCUUGUGAUUGUGUAGCUUGGACCUAGGCUGGCGAGGAGAAAUUAGACUUCUCAUCUCAGCUGUGAGGAACCAGCAGACUCAGAAGUGGGUUUUUGUGUUGGUGUUUUCCAUUUCUCCUACCUUUAGAGUAAAAUUUCUUUUUUUCUUUUAAACCUGGUAUCACCAAAAAGCAGGCUUUUAAGUACCAGCUGGAAAUUGCCUUGAUGCCUCUGUAGAGCAAACGGCUGUUCCUGUGAGAGCAUGGUCAGGCCUGUUAACUACUGGGAACCCUGCAAGGGCAGGGAGUAUAGCUCAGUGGUACAGUGUACCUAGCAUUCCCGGAGCCCUACAUUCAAUUCCCAGCAUCAAAAAGAAAAAACAACAACAAAAACAAAACCCCUCCAAAGCCAACAUGAGCUGUAGAAACCUGCAGAAGCAGCAAUUAUACCUAGAGAUGGUGUUUAAGAAGUGCUUCUCGUUUCUGGUGCCAGAGGUGAUAAUGAAUGAAGUCACUGCAUGUUUCUUAAAGUAGUUAUUUAUUUGGGCUAUUGGGACAGGCGAAAGAGAAACCUGUGAAGCAGAUUUUUAUAGGUAUUGCUGUUGCUGGCAGGAGUGAAAGGCAUGUGGUAAAACCAAACGUGGCACGGUCGGGCCCUUGCUGCCAUAAUCUUCCCUGGGGGUUGUGUUUAUGACUCCUAUGAUGUGAGUUGGGUGCCUCACAGCUAUUCCUGGGCUUUCUUUUGAGAGAGUUCAGUUGAAGUUUUUUCUAUACCUUUCAGUUACUUUAAAAAUACCAUAUUGCUUUCUUGCUUCCCACAACAUACCCACAUGCACACACAUACACCUUUGCUCUUUAUGACUGAUCUUCAGUAAGUUUCGACUUUUAAAACAACAAAACUGGGGGAAGAAUUCAGCUAGGAAAGUUCAGGAUGGGGUGUGAGUUUUUAUUGAACCUUCCUCCCAGAAGCCUGGGCUUCAUUUUUGCAUGUGUGUCUGAGUGUAAUGGGAAUACUCGUUUCUCUUGCACAAGAGCCUUUUCUGUGGGCUCACUUGCUCAGGAUUUUUUAGAAUUCCAGUGAAGAUUUAUAGAAGUCGGUUUGGAAAAUGGGACACUCUUAGCAAGGUCCAGACAUUACUGUUUUGGAAGUUGUCACCCUUCCUGCGCAUUUCAGAGUUUGUCUGAUGCAGUGGUUUUCUGUGUGUAUUUUUUUCCGUCAUUAUUUUAAAAUCAACCUAUCCUUUCAGCUCAGUUCUAUCAUAUCUUGCUUUACUAGGUUUUAAAACAUGGUUUUAUUCCUUUGAAUUUGUAUUUUCUAACUAUUAUGUUCAUUCGUUUAUUUACUGGUAUGAUGGAAAGGAGAGGACAGGGCAGAAAUACCAUUUUUACAUAACAGUGCAUGAGACUACUUCACCUUAAAGCUCCUUAGAAGCAGUGGGGGUGGGUGUGCAGCUCAGUGGAAGAGCACUUACCUAGCAUGGCCAUCCCCAGCACUGCCGAGGAAAACAGAAAGAGACCAGAGAGCUUUUAGUUUGUGGCAUCAUCCAGAGUAUGGAAAAGGAUGAGCACUGAUGGUCCUUAAGUGCACUUCUGGUUUUAUUUGGAGCCCCUGACAUAGGGGGACACUAAACUUAGAAUGUCAGAGCCACAGAAUCAAGCAGAUUGAACCAUUGGUCUCUGGCUGAAAAGAUCACUUUCCCAAUUUUCUUUGGAAGCAUUUUGAAUU